GCAACAACGUGCGCCAUUGAACCGAACGCUGCGCGCUUGCGUCAUGCGUCGCACGCAAACGACGUCACUUUUCCCCAAGCAGGAAGUGGCGGGGCUGUUAGUUGGAUCCUGCGUUGUUGUUGUUUUUCCUUUCAUUUUCCAAUUAAAAAUAUCGAUGAUCUAUUUAGUACAAUGAAAGUUCGGCCGCCUCGCGCAUGGAUAACCGUACUGCACUGCAUCCUGAUCUCAGGGCGGCUCGUGGAGGCCAUAGAGCCCGUGUCCACCUCGCUGCUGCUGGGGACAGGAGCUGCAGUGCUGGGCAGGAAGCUCUAUCACUAUUUAUACGAAACGUGUGAUGAGAACUGGCUCAACUUUAAAGCAACAGGACUGAAGAAUGACCUCAACACGAAGCUGUACGGGCAGCAUGUCGCUGCUCAGGUCAUCCUGAAAGCCGUCACGGGCUUCAUGAACAAUGAAAACCCAAAGAAACCGCUGGUUCUGUCCCUCCACGGCUGGACCGGGACCGGGAAGAACUUCGUGAGCCAAAUUAUAGCAGAAAAUAUUUACGAGAAAGGGAUGACGAGCAACUUCGUUCACCUGUUUACAGCGACAGCACACUUUCCCCAUGAGGCUCACAUUGACACGUACAAGACCCAAUUACAGGAGUGGAUACGAGGGAAUGUUUCCAUCUGCCCGCGUUCAAUGUUCAUCUUUGAUGAAAUGGAUAAAAUGCAUCCCGGGCUGAUCGACAGUAUUAAACCUUACCUGGACUUCUACGACAACCUGAACGGAGUGUCGUACAGACAGGCCAUCUUCAUCUUCCUCAGCAAUGCCGGGGGUGAGAGCAUCGUUCAGGUGGCUCUGGAUUUCUGGAGGGAUGGUAGAGAACGAGAGGAGAUCCAGCUGAAGGAUCUAGAGACGGCACUUUCACUGUCCGUCUUCAACAAUAAAAACAGUGGUUUCUGGCACACUAGUUUAAUCGAUAAGAACCUGGUGGAUUUCUUCGUGCCGUUCCUUCCUCUGGAGUUCAAGCACAUCAUUCAGUGCGGUUUGGCUGAGAUGGUCUCCAAGGGUCACGACCCAGAUAAAGAAGUGGUUGAAACCAUGGCCCGCGACCUGAACUACUUCCCUAAAGAGGAGCGUGUCUUCUCCAUGCAGGGCUGCAAGGUCAUUCCCGCCAGACUGGACUUCUAUAUUUGAUCGAGAGGGGAAAAAAACAAAGACUCAAGACAGCAAACCUGUUAUCUUCUGUGCGCUUUAUUUCACAGAACAACUCCUGCAAUCGAAGGAAUUGCAGAAUUGCUCCUCGGACUGAAUGACAAGCUGUCUAAAGACUGCCAGGGAGGUUUUUACUCAAUCACAGUUGUUUUAUACACUAAUGGAGACUGUUUUAUUCAUGUCAGCUGC